AUGGCCGACUUGCUGCUGCAGGCCCACGGCAGGCAGCAAGCGAGGCAUGUCGGGCAAGAUGCGAAGAGAAACGGGCAGUCCUCCAUACCCGGACGAGGUGUCAGUUUUGCCGGCAAACUCACGCGAACAUACAAGAGCGCGAGCGGUCUGUAUCUGUCGUGGAAGGAUGGCAUGACGGCGGAGGAGCGAGAGGGCGCGAGAAGGCGUGAAGAGAAAAGGGCCUCGUUGUGCCUUCGCAUGCAGACGGCCGAGACGCACAGGCAGUGGCAGGCGGCGGCACAAGAACUCGACGCCCUCGAGGGCAACGACGGCUGGAAGAACGACGACAGCUCGAGCGACUACAACUUCCCCCUCAUCAAAGAGCGACUGCGUGCCCUCGACGAUGCCCGGCUGCGAGGUGACAUCCGUGGCAUGAUGCACCUCCUCCGCACCGCCCUCUCGAGGGACUUGGGCGGCAUGGGAAACGUCAACCUCUACCGCCACUCGUACGUGGGCACGAAGAAGCUCAUCGAACGUUAUGUCGAUUCGGCCAUGCAGACCAUCGACACGGUCGUCGCGCAAAGCGUGGUGGAGUUGAGCAUCAAUUCGAAGGACCUCCUGGAGGCCAUGCUCUUCUCGCGCCAAAGUUUCGGCCGCAGCGCCCUGCUUCUUUCGGGGGGAGGCACCUUUGGCAUGACGCACGUCGGUGUCCUCAAGGCGCUGUUCGAGGCGCAACUGCUGCCGCGCAUCAUCUCAGGCGCCAGCGCCGGAAGCAUCGUCUGCGCCGUCCUGUGCACCCGGACUGACGAGGAGAUUCCGGCGCUCAUCACCGAGUUCCCCUACGGCGAUCUCGCCGUGUUCGAGUCCCAGGACGCCCAGCUCGGCGUCCUCAACCAUGUGCGCCGUCUCCUGACGGAAGGCAGCUGGUUCGACAUUGAGAACCUCACGCGCGUCAUGCGCAGCCUGACGGGCGACCUCACCUUUCAAGAGGCGUACAAUCGCACGCGCCGCAUCCUCAACAUCUGCGUCUCAACCGCCUCCAUAUACGAGCUCCCACGCCUGCUCAACUACGUCACGGCACCGAACGUCAUGAUUUGGUCGGCCGUGGCCGCGUCCUGCUCGGUGCCUCUCGUCUUCACGUCGCACCCUCUGCUGGUCAAGGACCCCAUCACCGGCGAGCACCACCCGUGGAAUCCGACGCCGCAAUGCUUCAUCGACGGCUCCGUCGACAACGACCUUCCCAUGACUCGACUGGCCGAGAUGUUCAACGUGAACCACUUCAUCGUCUCGCAGGUGAAUCCCCACGUCGUUCCGUUUCUGUCCAAGGACGACCACCUUCCCUCGGACGCGAAAGCGAACCGGGGCAGGAUGCGAGGCGACGAGUUCGACUGGACGCAUGCGCUGGCUUCGCUCGCCAAGGACGAAGCGCUGCAUAGGCUGCAGUUCAUGGCCGACGUCGGCGCGUUCCCCAACUUGAUGACCAAGUGUCGGAGCAUACUGAGCCAGAAAUACUCUGGCGACAUCACCAUCUUGCCGGAAAUCACCAUGCACGACCUGCCGCGCCUCAUGAGCAACCCGACGGCCGAAUUCAUGCUGAGGUCUUCCGCUCUGGGAGAACGGGCGACGUGGCCGAAGCUCAGUCGGAUCCGGGACAGGUGUGCCAUCGAACUGGCAUUGGACCGUGCCGUGCAUCGCCUGCGGACAAGGGUUGUCUUCUCGGAGAGCCAGCGAGACCUACGACAGCUGGGCUCGGAAAUCUGCGACAACCGAGCCCGGAUGGCCGUGUCCACCUCGACGCAAACGCCAGCAAUCAGGCAGAGGCGACAACGGCGGCGGUCGGGCGGCAGCGUCCGGACGCUCGCCGAUGGUCGCCUGGUGUUUUACGAUGGAAUAACCGACGAAGACACGGCCGAGGAAGAGCUCCUGGAGAUGCGCGUACGGACGGGCAGGGGAAACUCGCCGACGGCAGUUCGCAAGCCGCGGCUGAAGCGAGUGAGCAGGAGUCACGUCCAUGUGCCAGAACAACGGGUCCCAGGUGUGGCUGCUCACCUACGCGAUGGUCAACUCGGACAGCAGUAUGACUUGUCCAAGAAGCCAAUGCCGGAGCUCACGUCGAGGAACACGGUCGGCGUCACGGGGUCCAAGUCAUCGGCGGCGAUGCAGUGGUUAGGUGCGGAUUCUCCCCGAGGGACGGCCACGUCACCGACGGACGACAUGGAGACGAGCGAGCAGGGUCACUCAAGCGACGCGGACGCAGAGCUCGCGACGGAGGAGAGCGACCCGGAUCCAUACGACGGUCCCCGCAGACAGGUGCUCCCGAAAGGGAGGGGCAGGGGCAGCACGGAAUGA